AUGUAUCGUCGAACACACGUCUUUCUUUUAAUAAUUUCCACUGUUUCUAUACUCAGUCUGGUUACACUUAUAGUUUUUCACGAAAAUCAGCCUCAGCGCCCCCAACCGUCACGAACAUGCUUGAAGUCUGCGAAUACUGAGGCACUUUUCAAAGUACCUUUCUUUCCUAUGAUGGUGCACACCGGAAAUCCGUCAAAAAUUUAUCAUUGGGUUAGGAAUAAAACUGGUCUCGAGAUUGGUGGUCCAUCGCCCGCAACCUGGGGUGUCUUGGGUAUAUACGAAGCUGCAGCUAUAUUAGACGUAACGAACUUUGCCGCCACUACUCUUUGGGAGAAGGAACUACGGCAUAAUUCACCGUUCAUGUGGAACAAUCGGCGGAAAGGAACACAGUACAUACGAGAUGCCGUAGACUUAAAAGGCAUUCCUAAUAACACCUACGAUUUUGUGAUCGGCUCUCAUGUUUUAGAACAUAUUGCUAACCCUUUUAAAGCGUUUUUAGAAUGGCUCAGAAUUCUAAAAGAUGGGGGUCUGCUACUUCUCAUAUUACCUCUGAAAGAAAGAACGUUUGACCAUAACCGUGCUGUUGCUAGCAUACAACAUCUUAUUCAUGAUUACCACAAGCAGGUAGACGAAUCGGACCUGUCGCAUAUGGAUGAGAUCAUUCGCUUGCAUGACUUAGCAAUGGACCCUCCAGCAGGGAACAUAGAGUUUUUUACAAACCGCUCAAGAAAUAAUUUUCGGAAUCGUGGUUUACAUCAGCAUGUAUAUGACCAACAGCUUCUAUAUUAUAUGUUUAUCUGUGUAAAUAUUAACGUCAAGUAUCAGAUCACAUGGGAAUCCCAUCAACUGAUAGUUGGUCAAAAGCACUUUUAA